AAACUAAUUAAUGUGUCCCUAAAGUCAUCUUUUUAAUAACGCCUUGGACAAAACCAAACGCGCUUUAAUUUUUGUUUAUUUCAUUUCAAACUAUUUUUUUUUGUAAUUUGAUGUUAGUAAACUUGAUAAGAAUUUCAAUAAGAAAAAAUGAAUAAUUCUUCACAAUAUGGAGAUCGAAAACAACGCUAUAAAUUGCUAUUGGAUGAAUCCAAUCAACUGCAACAAGGCAUUGGACAUCAAUUGCCCAGUGAAACAUGUCGGGCGGUUCAGAAUAUUGUUCAAAAUUGUGAUAACAUUCAUAAAGAGACUCCGAUUACGGAGAAGGUGGAAAAUACUAGUGAAAUUGUUAUGGAUGCCCAGCUAAUGAAAAGUGUCCAUGAGUCUGUAUCGAAAUUAUUGCUGGCAAAUUCGGAAUUUAAUGAUGGCAUGUAUAGUAAUGCAAUAAAUGCCUUAAUAUCACAAAAUGAAUCAGACAAUUGGCGGGUGAUUGCCGAAAUCGCUAUAACUGUAGCCAAGCCCGCUAACACAAAAUCUAGCAUGUUGGGUGCCAUCGAUGUUGAGCCCAAAGAGCGUGUAGUCAAAGAAAAACAACAACGUCGUCGUACCGUACUAACACAAGAAAAACGUCCCGAAACUAUAAAACAAUUGAAACGUGAUGAUCGUGGCGCUGAAAAAGUUAAUAUUAUACUUAGACAAGUUAGUGAUAAGUUUCGUGAGAAUAAUCGUGAACCUAUACCGUACUAUCGUUUAAUCAUAGAUCCACAUAAUUUUAUGAAUACAGUGGAAAAUGCAUUUCAAAUUGCGUUUUUGGCUCGCGAUGGAAAUGUUGCUAUCGAAGCUGGAGAAGAUGGUUAUCCUCAAGUGCGUUUAGCACCAAAGGAUGAAAUUCAAAGGCAUACGGAUACAUUGCAAGCGAUAUGUUCCUUAAAUAUGCAAUUGUGUAAGGAAAUGAUAGAAUUCUACGAUAUUACGGAACCAAUGCUUGAUGUACCUGAUGAUUUGGAAGAUAAUGACAGUACUCGUUUGAAUAAUGAAGAAGAUGAUUAGAAAUUUUGCAAAGUUUUUAGUUCCAAAGUAUUUUUUAACAAAGUUAAUUAUUUUUUAACGUAAAAUUACAAAACUAUAAUUUAUAAUAAAUGUUAAGUGUUUUUGAUAUAAAAUAUUUUUGUAAAAUAAACUAGAAAAGUAAAUCACAGAAAACUAAACUUUUGCUAACUUACUGUGCACUUGUUUUAAAACCUAUUAUAACAUUGAAGAACUCGUUUAGUUUUGUUUAGUUUUUUUGUAUAUUUUAAACUUAUAAUAAUAUUGUUUGCUAAAUGAAAUACAUACAUGUUUUAAAUUUAUUUAUAUAUUU